CAGAAUACAAUAGUUUGUAUCCAUCGUUAUAAGAACCACCCUACCACAUAAACCAAUAUAUUUUCUAUUGGUUAUAACGACAAUAAUAAUCAAUAACUUAGUCGCAGAGAUAGCAAAAAAAGCACACACAUGAAUUAUUAAAAAAACAUUGUCUGAAGCACCAACACGAAUAUUCACAACAAAAGCAAAAACAUCGAGCCUAAACAAACAACAAACACAAACGCAUUGAGCCAAGAAAGCCAGCGAUAAUUAAAUAGUAAUGUCCGUGAGAAAACUGUCAGCUUUGCUUUUGUUGGAAUGAACAAAGUUGCUUAAGAACCGCAAGUGACAAGUAGACAGUUGAAAAAAGAAAGCUUAACAAGCGUGCGUUCGACCAGUUAAGCAGCAACGGCGCACGCGAUACGUAGCAUAUGCACAGGCGCUUGUGCCGCAAAAAUCAAAGGCGCACCAAGAAAUCGGUUGAGUGAAGUGUUGCCAAAUAAUAUAAUUUUUUUUUUAGGAGAACAUUUGUAAAAAUAAUAAUUAUUAAUGUGUGCUGGUGAAAUAAGUUAAUCGACGAAGAAAUGCUGUCGGGCAAUGGCAAUCAAGCGCAGUAUGCGUACUUUCUGCUGUCGGGCGCAGUGGCAUUGACCAUCAUUAUACUCGCCUAUGUGUCAGUGCGCACAACACUCGACUCCAAAUUGCGUGAAGAUCUGAGUUCGCUACAACAAUCCUACAUUUAUAUAAAACCAUCAUGGGGAUACAACAACUCUUGGCGACAAAUAGGCAGCAAAGCAAACCACUUGAUUUACUCAGCAUACUUUGAUGAUCGAUUGGAUGUGCUCGAAACAAUAAACGACCACAACACGAAGGUACCAAUAGGCUCUUUGCGUAUUAUCGCCAUUUUACCACGAGAAUUUAAGGAGACCAUAACCUGCACCAUCAGAUUCGAGGAUUUCGUUGAUAAAAGCAUCCCAAUUGGGAAAGUGCAACCGUUGAUGGAACAUCAUGACCACAAAUACGCGGCUUACUCCUUCAUGUGCCCACUCUAUGUAAAUCGUAACAGCACUACAAUUCAUCUGCCACAAUCGGUUGCGAUUUCUUAUCCCUCCAACAGGCUAAGUCAACUGAGUCCAACAUUUGUGCCGAUCAGCUAUCCGCGCGAUGUGGACCAAUUGUUCGCCAUGUCACGUCCCGUGGUCUCAGUGUGCGUCGGGCCGCUGCAACAAAACUACUCGAAUGUGCUGCGCGUCGCUGAAUUCGUCGAAAUGUAUCGAAUACUCGGUGCUCGACACUUCUACUUCUAUCAUCUCUCCGCUAGCGAGGAAGUGAUGCGUCUAUUACGACAUUAUCAAAGCGAAGGCAUCGUCGAUGUACUGCAGUGGAAUGUGCCAGAUGAGCUGUUGUCUCAAGUGCAUUACGGGGGAAUCAUGGCGCAAAUCAACGACUGUGUCUAUCGCGCCAUGGUUGUGGACAACUAUCGUUAUGCGGCCACUGUUGAUCUGGACGAGGUACUCGUACCGUUGAAACACAAUUCGCUGGCGAUUUUUCUGCGGCAAUGCGAUGAGGGUCGUACCUCGGCGUACGUCUUUCGUAAUGUGUUCUUCUAUAAUCUCGACAUUAACGAUAGCUUCAGUCUGCCGGCUCACACUCAUAACCGUUUCCUUUACUCGCAAAUGAAAGUGCGUCGCACUUUGGAGGUUAUGCCCACACAUCAGCGCAGCAAAUGCAUUGUGAAUACACAGUCCAUUAUCGAAAUGGGUAAUCAUUUUGUGUGGCGCAAUGUGCCCGGUUAUACGGAGACGACUAUGCCUCUAAGUGUGGGUCUACUUUUCCACUAUCGCGAUCAGUGCAUCAAUUGCAAGGCUCCACUGAUGGUUGACUAUACGGCACGUCGGUUCGGUUCGUUGAUUUGGGAUCGCGUGGACGAGACUUGUGGCCAAGUGUUUACCGAAAGUGGCAUAUGUCCGACGUAGGCAGUUAAAAAUUUGCCAAUUGCCAACACAAACAAAUGGAAGACUUUACAAAAUGUUCAUAGAUCUAAGUUAGUAGAUCAAUUAAGUUCGUAUAUUUUAGUCAGUUUUAUAUACAAAUAUUAGAAGUUAAGGAAAACAGUGAAUAAGGAACUAUUUAUGUGUAAAGUAAUAGGAAAAUAUAUAAAUCGUUCUAUGGUUUGCUUUUUCGA